UGCCAUCUUGGCCGAGGGACGGAGGAGCCGCUGCGCCGCCGAGCCUGAUUCAAGAUCCAGCCCAUAUUAUGGCUGGCAGUGGGUCCAGAUCAGGAUCAGCCAGUGGAUUUUCCAUGAAAUCACAGCUUCAAAUCACUGUUAUUUCAGCAAAACUAAAAGAAAAAAAUAAAUGGUUUGGACCUAGCCCUUAUGUGGAAGUCUCGGUAGAUGGGCAGUCAAAGAAGACAGAAAAAUGCAACAAUACAAAUAGUCCGAAGUGGAAACAACAUCUUACAGUAAUUGUCACUCCUGUGAGUAAAUUAAACUUUCGAGUCUGGAGCCAUCAGACACUAAAAUCUGAUGUUCUUCUGGGAAGUGCUGCUCUGGAUAUUCACGAGACUUUGAAAUCAAACAGUAUGAAGCUUGAGCAGGUAGUUGUGACAUUGCACCUUGUUGGUGACAGAGAACCAGCAGAAGUGGUAGGUGAUUUGUCCGUCUGUCUAGAUGGGAUGCAAGUAGAUCCUGAGCUGCUAACGAAUGGUGACGCCUCAAGUGUAAGAAGUCCUACACAGAAUGAUACCUCCAGAGUAAAGAAUGAUGCACGGACUAACUCAAAUGGCCUUGAAAGCUGUGAAGAUGCAGCUCACAGUGAAAACAAGACUGUUAAUGGUGGUGAUUCUCCGUUACUCACAAAUGGAAGCUAUAAACCUUCUAGACCUCCCAGACCUUCUAGACCACCUCCACCCACUCCCCGUAGACCCACUUCAGUAGCUGGAAGUGCCAACGGUCCUUCAUCCACAUCCACAGAAAAUGAUGGGGCCAGUGCAGGGUCGCUGCCGGGUACAGCAGCAAGUGCUUCUUCAGAACAGAGCCCCGAGGGGGCAACAGCUGGAGCAACAGCUGCUGCAACUGCUCCUCCAGCUGCUGCACUGACCACACCUCCAGUGUCAAGACAAGUUCAGCCAGUAAAUCCUCCACCUCAGGCACUUGCUACAGUCAGCCAAGGUCCUCUUCCACCUGGUUGGGAGCAAAGAGUAGAUCAACAUGGUCGAGUAUACUACGUAGAUCACGUUGAAAAAAGAACCACGUGGGAUCGGCCAGAGCCUCUUCCUCCAGGCUGGGAGCGACGAGUUGACAACAUGGGGAGAAUUUAUUAUGUUGACCACUUCACGAGAACAACAACAUGGCAGAGACCAACGUUAGAAUCUGUCCGGAAUUAUGAGCAGUGGCAGCUUCAGCGCAGUCAGCUUCAAGGAGCUAUGCAGCAAUUUAAUCAAAGAUUUAUAUAUGGGAACCAGGACUUUUCUUCCACACAGAACAAAGAGUUUGAUCCUCUUGGCCCUCUGCCACAUGGAUGGGAAAAGAGAACUGACAGCAAUGGCAGAGUAUAUUUUGUCAAUCACAACACACGUAUUACUCAGUGGGAAGAUCCCAGGAGUCAAGGUCAAUUAAAUGAGAAACCUUUACCAGAAGGCUGGGAAAUGCGAUUUACUGUAGAUGGUAUUCCAUAUUUUGUUGAUCACAAUAGAAGAACCACUACGUAUAUAGAUCCCCGCACGGGCAAGUCUGCUCUAGACAACGGACCCCAGAUAGCUUAUGUGCGUGAUUUCAAGGCAAAGGUUCAGUACUUCCGGUUCUGGUGUCAGCAACUGGCAAUGCCACAACACAUAAAGAUUACAGUGAGCAGAAAAACAUUAUUUGAGGACUCAUUUCAACAGAUAAUGAGCUUCAGCCCUCAGGAUCUACGGAGACGUUUGUGGGUUAUUUUCCCUGGUGAGGAAGGCUUAGAUUACGGAGGUGUUGCAAGGGAAUGGUUCUUUCUAUUGUCACAUGAAGUUUUGAACCCAAUGUACUGCCUGUUUGAAUAUGCAGGGAAAGAUAACUACUGCUUACAGAUAAACCCUGCCUCUUAUAUUAAUCCAGACCAUCUGAAAUACUUUCGUUUUAUUGGAAGAUUCAUUGCCAUGGCUUUGUUCCAUGGGAAAUUCAUUGACACUGGUUUCUCUCUGCCGUUCUAUAAACGUAUCCUAAAUAAGCCAGUAGGACUCAAGGAUUUAGAAUCUGUUGAUCCAGAGUUUUACAACUCCCUCAUCUGGGUAAAAGAGAACAAUAUUGAAGAAUGUGGCUUGGAAAUGUUUUUCUCAGUUGAUAAAGAAAUUCUAGGUGAAAUCAAAAGCCAUGAUUUGAAACCAAAUGGUAGCAACAUUCUAGUCACAGAAGAAAACAAAGAAGAAUAUAUUAGGCUAGUAGCAGAAUGGAGGCUUUCCCGAGGUGUCGAGGAACAGACGCAGGCUUUCUUUGAGGGCUUCAAUGAAAUUCUGCCACAACAGUAUUUGCAGUAUUUUGAUGCUAAGGAGCUGGAGGUGCUUUUAUGUGGCAUGCAAGAAAUUGAUUUGAAUGACUGGCAAAGACAUACCAUCUACCGGCAUUAUACCAGGACCAGCAGACAGAUAGUAUGGUUCUGGCAGUUUGUGAAAGAAAUAGACAAUGAGAAGAGAAUGAGACUUCUGCAGUUUGUUACUGGAACAUGCAGAUUACCAGUGGGAGGAUUUGCUGACCUCAUGGGGAGCAAUGGACCCCAAAAGUUUUGCAUUGAAAAAGUUGGAAAGGAAAACUGGUUGCCUAGAAGUCACACCUGUUUCAAUCGACUAGACCUUCCACCCUAUAAAAAUUAUGAGCAGUUGAAGGAAAAGUUGCUAUUUGCAAUAGAAGAAACAGAAGGAUUUGGUCAAGAAUGAAUAGCUAUAAUUUGCACCUUGAAGAAUGUGAACUCAACACAUGAUGUAUGUUCUUCACUUCUUCUGCUUGUUGCACACUUCAUUGUAAAGUAGACUUGACUUGGAUUUAUUUAACAAAUACUAGUGUGUAAGUAAAUGGAUGUUAUCCUGAGGUUUUACCCACAUCAACUCUGGAUUUCUACUGAGCACUUUCAGAAAUCAAAUGAGCAAUCAGAUGAAUUAUGAACUAAGUAGAUAUUUGAAACAGCUUUGGGCUCUGCUAUGUUUCACUGUUCAUUAAUUAGAAUAUGUCCUUAAUGACUGACAGAUUUUUAAGAAUAGUUUUGUCUUUCCUUUUUAGUAGCAUUUUUUGCUACUGAUGCACUGGGAAGUUCAUUGGUAGCUGCAAUGCUGCAGCAUCCUCAUAAGCCUCUUUAGAGCAGUGUAAUUAGAGCCAGCCUGUAACCAUCCUCUGGGUAUUAUGAGCAAAUUCAUUGCUUAUGCUCUUUUUUUCCUAACUCAAGUGUGGCCAGACUGUUUUUUCCCCACGUGGAAUCUGCUCACAUACCAGCUGUAUAUUCAAGCUGCUGUUCAGGGGAUGUUGAAGUGUGGCACAAAUCCAGGGCAUAGCUUUCAUUUCUGUGCCCUCCCUUCCUCCCUCCCCCCAAAUCCUGCUUCUUUUUUUUUUUUUUUUUUUUUUUUUUUUCCCAGCAAAAUAAACACCUGCCCAAAGUUGUUGGAACAUUUUGAUGUGCCCUCAGAAGAAUUCUGGUCUUUUUCUCCAUAACACAUUUAACUUUUACAAUAAUAUAAACACUGUGGUACUUCACUCAUUUUGCAAAAGUCAAGACCACCUGGGAUUGCACUGAUUCCAUUUAGAUUCAUCUUUGAAGGCUGAUGUUUCUUGUCAAAAGUGUUAAUGGAAAUUAUACUCAGUGUUAUUACACGUUGCAGUCAGUUUUCUCCAAAUAUUUUAUUGGGCUCUCAGGAAGAGGUAUAAAACAACUGGAUUUAAAGAUAAUACUUAUCAGUUUUUUGGUGUUGAACUGAUGGGUGAUACUGGCUAAGGCUAACAAAGCUAGAAAGUUCAGACAUGGAUUACAGAUUUUUGAAAUGUUGGAGCAUCAAUAAAUCUAUAAAGAUUAGAUCUAAAGAAUUUGGGGGAGGUUUCUAAAUUAACUCAUCCCUCGAUGGUUAUAGCUAUUAACUUCUUUGUAGUGGGUUCUUAUUGGAUUAAUAACAUCUUUUAUUUCCUUAUAGAAUCUAUUAAUGUUCUGUUUUCUUCUGGUUUACAAUGGCAUUGUACAUCUUGCUGUUCCUUUAGACUGAAUGCACUUUUUGGGUAUGGUCAGGUCUUUUCUUAUUUGAAGGGAGGAAAGCAAACUUCAAUGAGAUGGGCUGUUAGCCAUAAUAAGAGAUGUGGCACUUGAAGUGGCAUAUGGCACAUGUUAAAGCAUCACUGCAGCUCUAAGCAUUGGGAUAGGAGCUGCUUUUAAGAGUCUUCUAGAUUUAGAGUUGGAACAGAACAAUGGAAAACUGUAAAACUUAAUUUCCAGUCUGGAAAAAGUGUUUCCUUCCUGAUACCCCUUCAUUCUUAACUAUGGGAUGGAAAGAAACUGAUUCAGGGCCAAGAAUAACCAAGGUAGUACAUUUUUAUAUCUGAUUUCAAAAGAGUUUUUCAGGUCAUGUAAAAUGAUACACACUUACUGAAAGGCAGAAUGAUUAGACCCUACAGUGUAUGACUCUUGUCAUGCAUCUUUUAAGAAAAAUGUAAAGAGUUUCUGAUGACACAGAAAUGACCCACCUUUAUCUUCUCACUGGUGGUGAGAACUAACCUGACUUCAUGGUUUUACUAGGAGGAAAAUCUGCCAGCUUCAAAAUAUUUGAUGGCUAUUUUACUGUACACAGUUUAUGAGGAAGAAAAAAAGCCUUAUAAAUAUUUUCUGUUGAUGUUAAUUCUUAUAAUGAAAUCUAGUUAUCUAACAUAUUUACAAGAGAGAUUAAAUUAAGCAAGAUAAUGCAAGAUUAAGCUAUGAAAAAUAGUUUGUGUUCUGCAUAAUGCUUUAUGAUUCAUGUAGGGAAACUAGAAAUAUUGUUAAUGUAUAAAUAUCACCCAAAAGGCUUUCAGCCCUAUAUUUUUAAAAUAAAGAAUAGUUAUAAUUGAAAUAGCCUUUGCCCUAGUUCUAUAGGGUAUGGCUGUUUAAUAUUUUUAUGGUUGAAAUGUUUAGUUCAGGAAAAAGGUAAAUGCUUGUAUAUAUUUUUGCAGUCUGGGAUUCCACUUAUUCCAUUUUUUUUCUUUCUUUAAUUUAAAUAGCAUGUUUAUACGUCUUUUCUGCUGUAUUAGAAUGGGGAAAAGGGGGCUGGAUAUCCCAAUCACCAGAAAUAAUUUUCAAAUAUUGCAAUUAAAGGAUUUACUAGGGGGAAAAAAAAGAGAACUGUAAAACAUUGAAUUUGGCCAAAACAUAAGAAUUUAAAAUGUUUACUGUAUUAAAUUAGCAGUAUUUCUAAAGUCAGAAUUAAAGAUUACUUGCAUACCUGUAAGCAUUGUAAAUGCUAACAAACCUGUUAAUUUUCUACAGUGUGUUGUGUAGAAAUAAAAAGGAAUUAAUAUGA